AUGCUGCGCUGCUGCCGGGCGGCCGCGGCCAUCGCUGCCGGCUGCGCUCCGGGCUCCCCGCGCGGCUGCCGCGGCCUCGCCAUGGCCAAGAGCAAGUUCGAGUACGUGCGGGACUUCGAGGCGGACGACACGGUGCUGCCCAACUGCUGGAUCGUGGUGCGGCUGGACGGCCGCAACUUCCACCGGUUUUCUGAGCAGCAUGAAUUCAAAAAGCCAAAUGAUGACCGUGCUCUGCAGCUGAUGACCAAGUGUGCCCAGACAGUGAUGCAAGAACUGGAGGAUAUUGCUAUUGCUUAUGGACAGAGUGAUGAAUAUAGUUUUGUUUUCAAAAAGAAGAGCAGGUGGUUUAAAAGAAGAGCAAGUAAGUUCAUGACUCAUGUGGUCUCCCAGUUUUCCUCAAGUUACGUGUUCUAUUGGAAGGAUUAUUUUAAGGACCAGCAGCUUCUGUACCCGCCAGGAUUUGAUGGACGAAUUGUGUUAUAUCCCAGCAACCAGAAUUUGAAGGACUACCUCAGUUGGAGGCAAGCAGAUUGCCAUAUUAAUAACCUUUAUAAUACAGUGUUCUGGAUGCUUGUACAGCGAAGUGGUUUGACACCAGUGCAAGCACAGGAGAGGCUCCGGGGAACUUUGGCUGGAGAUAAGAAUGAAAUCUUAUUUUCUGAGUUCAACAUCAACUACAACAAUGAACCUUUGAUGUAUAGAAAAGGAACUGUCUUAAUAUGGCAGAAGGUUAAUGAAGUCAUCACUAAGAAAAUAAAACUGCCAAAGGAAGAAGAAGAAGAAAAGGAAGUGGAAGUGACCCGGACUAAGACUAAAGUUGUUCCUCUGCACUGUGACAUCAUUGGGGACCAGUUCUGGGAGGAAUAUCCCGAGAUUCUGGCUGAGGAUAGAUGAUAUCUCUGAUGAAUAUAACUGGUAGCUCACAUUUUGCUCUGCUUGUGUUGUUGGCAAGUGAGGAAUACGAAUGGUGGCUGGCAGAGUUUGACCUGUAACCCUCUUCAGCAACUACACUGAGUUUAGCACUGUUGCUUCUAAAAAGAAGACACUGGUGCUGUCUGACAUGCAAGGAUAUGCCCAUAUGGAAAGCUAAAAUCCCACUUUAUUUUGAGUGUUAAGAACUCAUGAUGAAUUAAGACUGUUCUGCCUUGUACAUGUGUAUUUGUAAAAAAAGUACGCAGAAAUUUCCUGUAUUUCUAUAACGUUUAGACCAUGAGGUGUUUUAUUGAACGGCUGAACUAUAAAAAAGCUUGCAUAUUUGAAUAGAAAUUUUGUUUUUGUUUUUGUUUUCAACUGAGAUGGACCAGAAUACUUCAAUUGGGACUUGGUAUUAAAAUUCAAGGCUGGUGUGUUUAGUCAGAUGAGUGACAAACUGUUCUGCUGCCUGAUGGCUGAUUCUUACUGAAAGGGAGUAGCCUGGCAGUUUGCUAUGGUUAAUUUUAAAAGUUUUUGUCAGAUGUACAGGAUUUGUAUACUUUUAAAAAAUAAAAAUAAUAGUAUCUUC